GGAUUCGUGAUCAAGCACGUCAUGUGUGAAACGAAGCUCUUUCGAACUUUAGCAAAUGAACAGACAGAAACGUUAACUCAGAAGUGCCAAGAAUGGGGUAAUUUGCAGGAUAAUCGCAAUAUCAGUGAGGAUAUCGUUGGCCAAAUACGUUCUGUUAUUGGUUCAACCCGAUUACUUAUCAAUGACAAGAUACAAUUUUUUCACAAGUUAUUGGACAUGGCUGACAACACAGAUAGCGAAAGAAGAAUUACGCCCGAAGAUCUGCAGGCGUACUGGGAUUUAAUCGUAAUUGAGAAGGAAGGACUGGCAGCAGAGAGAGGAAGCUCCAGCCAGUGCUGUGAGAACCACAGGGACUGGUGCAGUGUAAAGGGGGCAAGUAAAGCAAUGCAGUGUAAAAGUAUGAAAAAUACUUUAAGACCGACAAGUGGAAGCUUCGAGCAAUUGAACAAGACAUCAGCUAGAAGAAUAUGUUCAACUUCUGUAAAGAAAAGCCUUGUUGAAGAAAAGGAGAUCAUUAAAAAGGUUAAAUCAGAUGUAAGAAAUGGAAAAAUCUCACAUGCAUAAUGCUAUAGCUUUUGUCCACGGUAUACUUUAUAUCAAAAUUUUUAAUUACUUUUUUGUACAAUCUUAUCAAACAGUACAGCACUUGAUUAA